AUGUUGUAAAGAAAGAUUAUAGUACCAUCCAGAAGGAAACCACAAACAGAAUCUUAACCAAUUGAUGAUUUUUAUUUUGAAAGCAGUAUCGAGACAGUAGAUGUCGAUGAGAUAACAUCUUUGUUAGCUAAAAGACUUAAAUUUGAAAAUGGCGAAGAUACAUCGAAUGAAUCACUCAAAACUAAGAAAUGCUGUUUUAGUGACGAAAAGUUUGUCACUUGCAAACAAGGAUUGGAAAUACUUUCUAAAUAAUCAUAGAUAUCCUUGAUACCUAAGGAAAAGCACUGUGCCAAAUAUAUUAAUUAAUUGAUUAGUGGAGAAAAGAGAAUCAUACAACUAAAGAACAUAGCAGAGUUUAAAAAGAUAACAACUGGUGAGAUCAAUUAUAUGGAAUUUUAUGCAUAUCCUGAUGUUACAAAUCCAAGGAAAUUGAAGAAAAAGAGGAGGAAUACCUAAAUAACAAAGAAGAUUCACAAAUUAUGA